CCGGGGGGUUCACGCAGCUGGCACCGCCUUUCCUCUGCGCUGGUGGGCGCCGCGGUGGCGCGAACGUCCCCUGAUUUCGGGUGGGGCGGGAAGGUCAAGUGGCCAAAUGAUCCGGAGAGGUGGUCGUCUAUUCGUGCUAGGCUUUGAAGAACGGGUAGUAGGAGUCUAUCCCUCAAAUCAGAGCCUUCGUGGGCGGAGUGAAGAGCUUGUGCCAAAACGGCAGGGGAGAGAGAGAGAGAAGUGUGUGUCUAGAGCAGCUAGAAGGAGCCCUUGGUAUGCGCCGUUGAGGCAUCAAGGGAGGACCAGUGGAGAACACCCUCAGACUUUCAGAGAGAACGUCCUUGUCAAGUAGAGCUAAGAGUCCAUAGGUGUUACCCUUCUGAGACACAAGGACCCCUCAGUGAGAGUCCUGGAACUGAAGAGAGGAGAGAGCCCCGAGAGUGCCAAGGUGAUAGGAGUCUAGAGAAAGCCAGAUGCUGUCUGAAGGGAGAAUCUGGUAGUGAGAAAGAGCACAACCAGAGGGUGGCUGGAGCAGUGUGGUGCCCCGCGUUCAUCUCCCACCUCAGCCCCAGUCCCUCCUCCAGUGCACUCUUGAUUCCUGUCUUUUGCCUUUGGCACCUCAUACCCAUUGUAUGCUGCAGGUCAACCAUUUAGCAUGCUAAUAAAGGGUUCCUGCACGUCUAGGGGUCCUUGGCUUUGGUAUCAGCACCAAGCACUACAGCUAGUGCCCUGACUCUGAAGCUCUCUGGGGCAAGCUUGCCUGGUAUAGGGAGAAGAAACUGGGCUUUGGGUCUGGGUACAGAUCACAGGUUUUGACUGGCCCCAGGUGCAGAGCCAGGGAGAAGGAGCUCAUCUGAACUCUGUAGCACAUUCCUGGGAAAAAAUCACUUAAGUCCACUGUACCCUUUCCCAUUUUGCUCCUAGGAUGGGGACUUCACAGUCUUUCCCUUCAGGAAGUGCUUCUGAUCAUGUUCCUUAAGUCCAGCCCAUAGGACCCAGGUUCUACUGGCAGCUUUAUCUUGAACACCCGUCCCUUCUUGGCAACUGGCAUGGACAAGAAGCCAUUCCUAUCCGUUAAAGGGGAGCCUGAGACCUGCCCUAGGCAGACAAAAUAAGGAGGAGGUGGUACCCUCCUCCUAAGGGCUUUUCCUUCAAGCUCCUGGGUGAAGCCGAGCUUCCAGAGGCAACCUGGGAAUGGGGAACUGUGGCUUCAGUAGGUCACCUGAAGUCGGAACUGGAAUCCUCUCUGCCCCUCCCUUUCAGAUUAACUGAAACCUGCUAAUUGUGGCAGCCCUUGCAACUCCCCUCCCCCACAGCCUUUUCCUUCCUCCCCUCCCCCUUCCAUCCGAAUGAUAAAGGGCCCGGCCUGCCUGCCCUAGCCAGGCCUCAGGCCCCAGGCCCAGCCUCCCCACACUACCCCACAGUCCUGAGCCUUCCACGAGGCCAGGCCCCUACCCACGCCUACAAACUCCCCUGCAUGGGGCCUUGUAGCAACUCCCGCCUGGGGCCCCAGGAUCCAGAGCCAGCCUCACAGCCCCCCAAGAGAAGAAAGAAAAGAUACCUGCGGCAUGACAAGCCCCCCUACACCUAUUUGGCGAUGAUUGCCUUGGUAAUUCAGGCUGCACCCUCCCGCAGGCUGAAGCUGGCCCAGAUCAUUCGUCAGGUCCAGGCCGUGUUCCCUUUCUUCAGGGAUGACUACGAGGGUUGGAAGGACUCCAUCCGUCACAACCUUUCCUCCAACCCGUGCUUCCGAAAGGUGGGGCCCUCAAGGUCGGAGCCCGGGAGGCGGGGCGGGCGAGUAAGCCCCAAGCAUCCGGAUUGGGCGGCCCCACCCAAACCUACCACCCCGCAGGUGCCCAAGGACCCUGCAAAACCUCAGGCCAAGGGCAACUUCUGGGCCGUGGAUGUGAGCCUCAUCCCGGCAGAAGCGCUACGCCUACAGAACACUGCCCUGUGCCGACGCUGGCAGAACCCGGAGGCCCGCAGAGCAUUCGCCAAGGACCUGAGCCCUUAUGUGCUGCAUGGCCAGACCUACCGGCCGCCCACACCCCAUACGCCACCCAGCGAAGGCUUCAGCAUCAAGUCCCUGUUAAGGGACCCUGGAGAGAGAGCACCCUGGCCCCAAAAGUCCAGCCUGGCUGGACAGAGCAACCCAACUCAGGCAGACACAGGCUGCAGUGGGGAGGAAGUGGUACCUACUCCACACUUAGCCUCCUCUGAAAGGCUUCUGUGGCCCCUCUGCCCUCUCCCAGUGCCCACAGGAAUGGAGAGGGAGACUUCCCAGGGGACAAUCAUUGGGCCCUCAGGCUUAUCCCCAGAGCCCAGAACCUGGCCCUUGCACUACCUGCAAAGUACUUCCAACGCUGGGGUACUGUCCAGUGGGGGAUGCAGGGCCUCCCUGUGGGGACAGUUGCCCACCUCCUACUUGCCCAUCUACACACCUAAUGUGGUAAUGCCUUUAGCCCCACUACCAUCCACUUCCUGUCCCCGGUGUCCACCUUCAACCAGCCCAGCCUACUGGGGGGUGGCCUCUGAAUCCCAAGGGUCCCCAAGGCUGCUCUGGGAUCUAGACACUCUCUUCCAGGGAGUUCCACCCAACAAGAGCAUCUAUGAUGUGUGGGUCAGCCACCCUCGUGACAUGGCUGCCCCUGGUCCAGGCUGGCUGCUCUCCUGGUACAGCCUCUGAAGCUUUCUAGAGCAGGGGUUGCUUCUCUCCCCACCUCCUUGAUAGGAAACCAAGGUAGGAAGAUGUCUGUAGUCUUAACACCAGGCUCCAGCCUUGCUUAAUGAGAGUCCACAAUGUUUAUUGGGCUGCUCCAGAAAAAGCUGCCACUCAGCUGGGCACCAACCUGGGCUUGGUCAGUCUUGCCUCUCUGCCUCCCCCCUACACCCAGGGGCAAUGCUAAAGGAGCAGGACUCAACAUGGAGUAGCAAAUCAUGAUUCUAUCUUCAGGCCUAGCCCAUGUAUCUAUUCAUCCAUCACCAUCUGUCACCUCCCUCCUGGCUCCAGGCUGGGGGAGGGAGCGCCUAAUGGUGGGUCCAGCCUGAAGUCCUGUCAUCCCUCAACUGUCUGGGAGGUAGCACCUUUUGGGGAAAGGGUUAGGGAAUAAAGACUGGACCCUACAUAGACUUGAAGUGGUGGUAAUGGUGUAACAUUAAAAGAAUUUACAGCA